UUUUUUAAAUAUAACGUUUUUAUAGAUUUGUAAUAAAAAGCUUAAAAUUAUAAAUUUACCUGAUAAUACAAUGUCAACUGAAGCACCCAACAACGUCACGACACCGGCAACAGCUUACGCCCUUCCUUAUCACACCUGGAUGACGUAUGAAGUAUUCUCCGUUCUUCUGUCUGUAAUUGCGACGUACAUCCUUGCAAGUCUGUUGGCAUACAGCGUGCAACAAAACAUUGACUUUUUCAAGCGAAGGCACUUAUCGACACGGAGUACUAAAACUGAGAGAGAUGUUUCGGGAGGACACAGUUCGGCGGGGGUUGAACGAGGACAGUCCGUGUCUUCGAACCGGGAAAGGGGAAAACGCAGACGAAUGGACGGAACUGGUAAAUCCGCAAGACCCCUGCGAGUCCUUUGUAUAUUCGCAGCGUUUUUCGCUGUGGUACGCAUGGCAGCUGACCAGUUGGAACUUGGUACUUAUUACAGCGGAGUUCGAGUGAACUGUAAAGUGUAUCAGGUGGUGGUUGUGAUAACGUACUCACUAUGCGCAACUUGCAUUUACUCCGCUCUGUGGUUUCGUCUUCGUAUCUUCCUCAAUCAUCCUGUAAUGAACCAUUUAACAACGAAAAAGAUCGGCGUCGUUAUGUGGAUAAGCUUAGCUACUAUCAUCUGUUCAUCCCUGCUUAAUACUCUGAUCUUCAGCCUUGCUACCACAGCGGUCGACUCGCCAGAAGGCUGUAAAUUAGGCGUAACUGCACCUAUACCUUCAGGUAUAAGAUAUGUCAUUCUUGCCUUCACUUCAGUUGGGUCUCAGCUGCUACUGUUAGCCUUGUUCCUGUACCCAUUGUUGAAACAUAGGUCUACGAUGGUGAAGAGUGAACCAAAAGCUGUUCGGUACACAGUUAACCCGCCCACGUCCCCGCCUUUGUCCCCUCGAUCCCCAACCGAGCGCGGGCAAGUCAAGUUUCCUAAAUCACUGAGAAUAACAAUGCAGAAAGGCCAUGCAAAUGGUCAGACUGGCCCAGCAUCGUCGGCUCGAAGAUACGACUCUGAUAGCGACAUGGACAGCGUGAAAAACGUACAAACGGACGCCGCGAAUCGGUACCGGAGUUUUCGACAAAAAAAGCAAAUCAACCGCCAGCGUCAUCUGGUUAACAUUAUGUGGCGAGUCCUGGCAACAGCGAUCGUAUGUGUUAUAUCAGAUGUCGUAACUGCAGUUGUGUCAAUCGCAUUUUCGGGCCACCCUAGAAUCGUACCGAACCUUAUAUACAAUUUGAACCUGCUGGUCAACCUAUGCAGCGUCUUAUUUUCUUUCGGCGACUGGAAGGACAGACUUUUUCCCCUGUGCGCAAAUUGUUGGAAGGAACAAGAAAAAAGACAAAGGACGUCCAGUACCAGCGCCUACAGUGGUCCAAGGUCUCCAGCAGCUUUUCCGAACAAUAAAAACAUUGCGCCGUACAUGGACUCGUCAUCAGCUGCAUGCAACUCCAGAGGAUUGCCCAUAUCCGAGGACGGAGAAGAAAAAAGCGAUUCUGUGUUUGAUCAUGCAUAAAAUGGAACUAUAUAAUUUACCAAUCAAAACUGAAGUUAUAAAAUACUCUGAUAAAAAAAAGAAAAAAAAAUCUGAAAAGAAAGUGUACGUUUGUUACCGACACUGUGAUUAUCUAAUUUAUUAUUCCUGUAACUUCAUUAAAUGUAUAUAUAGUAGGUUGGGGGAAGAUGGGACAUCUUUAGCACAUAAUAUCCAAAUAACCUGAUCGUGUUUCAAACAAUUAAAAACGGUCUAUGACAGUCGUGCGGAUACGGUUUUGUAAUUCUUUAAAUGUUUUAUGUUUACUACCUAUAUAUACCUAUUGGGGCGAGAAAACAGAAUGAAAAGGUGUCCCAUCUUCCCCGCCCUUUUAUAUUUUUUAAUGCUCGAAAAAUGCUGCGUAUUAUUUUUGCCCAGUGUCGGUUUUGAGGAACUAGUUGUACUGUAGUGUAUAAGCGUAUGACACUGUAUUACACAAUUGAACCAUCCUUUAUAGUUAUAUCAACGCAUAAGGCCUUAUGAGAAUAUAUACUCAGAAAUUAAACUUCUUUAAAAAUCGUUUAAUGUGACAAUAAACCACUCUUCGCAACCUCUGAGGUA